AGCAAUAGCCCAAAACAAGAAAAAUACAAAAACAUUUCAUUUGAACCCUCUAAACCUACAAUGUCAAUAGUUUUGAAUUUUGUACAACAAGUUGUGCUACAAAAUGCAUACGAAUUGACGGUGUCCAAGGCAGAACAAGUUUUGAGCAAGUACACUAGUAAUAAUACAUGUAAAAAGUUGCGGAAAGCGACCCCUCACGUGCCAAUGGAAGGAGACGGAUUGCGAAAGAAGCAAACUUCGAUGCCCGAGAUAAGGCAGAAGAAAGAGUCGAGGCUCAGUAAGCGAAGGUCGCGCAAGCGGUCCAAGUCAACGUCCAAGUCGAAAUCGCCGGCUUUGGAAUUGAGACGUGAGUGGCCGCGCAGCAAUAGUGGGCCAAUCGUUCCGCCUCAAACUCCUAGCAUGGAACGAAUCCGCGACAGCUACUUCUCCUAGGUUCUCGGCAAGGCAAACAAACAGUGAUUUAUUUUAGAACAGCAUCAUCUUUAAUAGAGAAGCAAAAAUCGUGAUAGACUGAAGCUACGGCUCCAAAUAUUCUCCAUAGCUAAGCAUAAAUUGUAACACUAUUAAUAACAAAAUUUGGUAGCAACUAACGAGGUUGGGUAUAUAUAUAUAUAUAUAUGUAUAUGCGUUAAUGUA